AUGUUUAUGCAAUCGCUGUUGCGAUGGUCGAUAUCUGUAGCCAUGUUAUUGGCAAUAGUGUUGGCUGAGUCCAAUAGUCAAAUUCGUCAGGACGACGAUAGUCUUUCACUACUACCAAAGUCGACACAAUCUUCUGCCCAAAACGGUUCCAGCUUGGUGUUUGCUGGUGACAAAAAUGAUUCAUCGCUGCAGGACAAAGACAGUAUCCCCGAUUCGUGGAUCUCCGAUUUGUUUUACCGUGGAUUAGCCAAUUUUACAAUGCGGCGAGUGGGCAGCACUGCUUGCCAGCAACAAGUGGACAUGUACGUUAAACAUUUACAGAAUUAUUCAGAUUGGGCAGUCAGAAUGGGAGAGUCUUGGAGUAGGUAUCCAGUUGGUGUACUAUCAGGCAACAGAUAUCAUUUGGGAAUCUACGACGAAUGCGUCAACGUGCAUUAUCCAGUUAGAGGACAGUAUUGUUUGACUGAAAUACAUUUAAUUCCGGCAAAGGGGAAAAAUUACAAUUUCGACAGCGGAACAGAAAACAUUAAUAAUAGGUUUAACAAUCACGCAUGGAAAACCAUACUUGGGUGGGUCGAUACUCCGGAUCAAGUCAAACGAAACAGUUUGAAUUUAGGGAUAUGCAUACCGGAUUCUUGUUCGGCGUCAGAUCUACAGACGUCAUUACAAACCGAAUUGGACAAAGUGUUUUUACCAGAAAAGUUCAAAGCUAUCGUUCAAGUGGAACCAAUAAUGUGUACUGUCAGUGGAGACAUGUAUCCUUACAAUACGGCGUAUUAUGUAACGAGCACAUUUUUUGUAGUACUAGGUUUGAUCUGUUGUAGUGCGACCGUAUUUCAUUUCAUACAACUAUCGCGAAAACAUAAAAAAACAUUACCUGAUGACACAUUCUAUAUUACAUUUUCAUUUAUCAAGUCUGGCAAAGAAUUGUUAAAAUAUGAUAAGACCAACGAAUUAAAUAUACUGAAUGGUUUAAAAGUGUUAACCAUGAUAUUCAUUUUAUUCGGUCACAGGUUCAUGUAUUUAGCAGGAAAUCCUAUAAAUAAUUCUAAAUUUCUCGAAAAUAUAUAUCAAUAUGGACCAGAUAUUUUAUUGACUAGUAUGAAUCUAGUAGAUCCGUUUUUCUUCAUUACUGGUUUUAUCAUGUACUUGACAGUCUCUCCGAUAUUCCAAAAGUCUGGAUCAGUAUGGAUAAAGCUCGUGUCACCAGUAGUCUACCGAAUAUUAAGAAUGUUACCGGCUUAUUGUGCGACUAUGGCGAUCACAGCUAAUAUUAUACCUCAUCUAGGUGAUGGACCAUUGUGGCCUAAAAAAACAUGGAACGAGGCCGAGAUUUGUAAAAAAUAUUGGUGGACUAAUUUGCUUUUUAUCAGUAAUUUUAUAGAUGCAAAUUACGGAUGCCUCAUAGUGAGUUGGUACAUAUCGUGUGACGUUCAGUUUUUCAUAAUUGGAGUUAUUAUAGUUUAUAUUUACACAAAGAACAAUAAAUACGGAAUUGGAUUCCUUACUACUAUUCUUAUUGUUUCAAUAUGUGUGCCAUUUAUAGUCACGAUUUUGACGAAAAGUGAAGGAAUACUUAAAGUACAUAUUCCGUUUUUAGAAAAUCCUAGACAGUCUAUAAUAUUUAAUGGACCUUAUAGAGCAAGUUACAUGCGAUCGACGCCAUACAUUACCGGAAUGGCAAUGAGUUUUAUUAUCAGUAAAUUGAAAGAGAAAAAAAUAAAACUUUCUCUGAUUACUGUUUACAUCGGUACGGUCAUCGUAACCACAGCCUGUUUGUGGGUUCAGUUUUACGGGGCUAUAUUUUAUAAGAGCCAAAGACCUUAUUAUCCAUUAGAACAAGCCUUAUAUGCUACUUUCAGUCAUUGUACAUGGACGGUAUUAUGUAUGUGGAUCUCUGGCUGCUAUUACACAAGCGGAUACGGUCUUAUAUCAAAAAUAUUUGAUAACAGAUUUAUGGUACCUUUGGGAAGGCUCUCAUACUCGGUUUUCUUAGUGAACCUAAUCGUUAUGUUGAUGUCUCAGAGUUCACAAAGAUUACCUACUGUUCUAUCAGUAAAAUCAUUGAUGGAUGCUUGGAUAUACGAUACAUUUAAAACUUAUUUGAUGGGCCUAGCAUUAUAUUUGUUCGUCGAAGCACCAUUUGGAAAUUUGAUUAAAAGAAUAUUUUGGGGAAAUAAAAAGAAAAACUCGUCUACAAGGAGGGAAAAACCAAUUGAAAAAACUACAACUGUAGAAAGUCCAAAAAAAGUUAUAACUCAUUUAUAAUAAGUAAUAACUGAUUAAGUCUUAUAAAAAAAUAAGCUUAAUAUACACUAUAUAGUUAAAUGUUCGUUAGAUUUUAUUACAAUAAG